UACAUGACCAGUACCAUAUCCAUUCUCCAGCUCAACAAUUUGCUGAUAAUAACCAAGAACUUGAUCUUGGUUUGAAUCAACCAUUGACGUCUUAUGAGCAAAUAGGAAGUCCAAGGAUGAUCAAUCCAACCUCGCAAAGAACCCAUAUACAGCAACAAGAGUACAACAAGACGAUGGCCGCUGUCGACGAUUUAUUGCGCAUGGACAAUCAGCAUCAAGUGUCAGUUACUGAUGUCAUUGGCAACAUUGCGAAUGAAUCUCUUCAAUCCGUAUUAGCACAAGGUAACGAAGAGUGUCAUGGCAUUAAUGAGAAGUCAGGACGAGUCAGUGACUAGUAAGGAGUUGAACCAGGAUGCGCAGGACAAUCCUGAGGAGUUGAACCAGGAUGCGCAGGACAAUCCUGAGGAGUUGAAUGAGGCCGCUGCUGGAGGAGGACCAAGGAGGAGGAGUUUACACCGAACUCAUGUUCCAUCUUCAGCAGUAUUUUCGGGAGAUUUCGUGUCUGGUACAAACCAAAGGGUCUCAGGUCCGGUGAAUGACAUAACUGCGUUUGUUAAGAGAUGGAAAGAUUUGAGAGACGAGGCUAAUCCAGGACAAGUCAUGAUUACCUGCGAUGGCAGGAGUGCAACCCAAAGAGACUGCUAUGGGGUCCUGCAUACAAGAGCGAGGGUCAGUGCUGAUUAUGUAAGGAUGGCUGCGGAGAUGUAUAUGAAAAAGUGGGCAUUGGAUUACGAAGGCAAGAGUCGGAGAAUUAUGCUUGACCUAACUUUUGCGAUGAGGGUAAUUACGAAUAAGGAUCCUUUCGAACAUCUCGCAAAGAAGCACGACCAACCGCUUCGGGACAUAACCACCGCAUCCCAGAUUUGUGUGAUUUUUGUUCCUGUGUUGGACGAUGACCAUUGGUGGUGUGCUGCAUUUGAGUUGAAGGAGAAGACCAUAUGGUUCAUGGAUACUAUGUACCCCAACCCCGAGGAGAAGCAUAAGUCCAUUCUGAAAAAUAUGAUCCCGGUCGUCGACACAAUGUUAAAUGUCCAUGACCCCCAGUGGGAACUAGGCACAAUGGGUAGUUGGGGAAGACAACUAGUGGAGCUUAUGAAUAACACCGACAAUCAUAGCUGCGGCGUACUAAUGUUGGGAUGGAUAAAGUCAUCGGCCGCUCGUAUCGUAUCAAAAUAUGGAAUGGAAAAUAUUGUUAUGGCUCGAAAAGCGCUACUGAUGGACGACUUUCUCUCGAAAUUUAAUGAAGCAAAGGAUGAAGCAUUGUCAGCAAUCACCUGUACUUGAAAGGCAUCUGAUUCGUAGUAGUAUUAUGUAAUUGUUGGAAACUGUUAUAUUAGCCGGAUUAAAGAUUUUAGUCGGAUACCUUGGGUGGUAAUGUUUACUGCUUUUGGAUAAUUAACUUAUUUUGGGAUUAG